AUGCAUCUUUGCCACAACAGCGCGAAUAUUUCCCACACGAACAGCAACUGGUCAAGGGAUGUCCGUGCUUCCCUGUACAGCUUAAUAUCACUCAUAAUUCUAACCACUUUGGUUGGCAACUUAAUAGUAAUCAUUUCGAUAUCCCACUUCAAGCAACUUCACACGCCCACAAAUUGGCUCCUUCAUUCCAUGGCCGUUGUCGACUUCCUGCUGGGCUGUCUGGUCAUGCCCUACAGCAUGGUGAGAACAGUUGAGCAUUGCUGGUACUUUGGGGAACUCUUCUGCAAACUUCACACCAGCACUGAUAUCAUGCUGAGCUCGGCGUCCAUUCUCCACUUAGCCUUCAUUUCCAUUGACCGCUACUACGCUGUGUGCGACCCUUUAAGAUACAAAGCCAAGAUCAAUCUCGCCGCCAUUUUUGUGAUGAUCCUCAUUAGCUGGAGCCUUCCUGCUGUUUUUGCGUUUGGGAUGAUCUUCCUGGAGCUGAACUUAGAAGGAGUUGAGGAGCUGUAUCACAAUCAGGUCUUCUGCCUGCGCGGCUGUUUUCCCUUCUUCAGUAAAGUAUCUGGGGUACUGGCAUUCAUGACUUCUUUCUAUAUACCUGGAUCUGUUAUGUUAUUUGUUUACUAUAGAAUAUAUUUCAUAGCUAAAGGACAAGCAAGGUCAAUUAAUCGUGCAAAUCUUCAAGUUGGAUUGGAAGGGGAAAGCAGAGCGCCACAAAGCAAGGAAACAAAAGCCGCGAAAACCUUAGGGAUCAUGGUGGGCGUUUUCCUCCUGUGCUGGUGCCCGUUCUUUUUCUGCAUGGUCCUGGACCCGUUCCUGGGCUAUGUUAUCCCACCCACUCUGAAUGACACACUGAAUUGGUUCGGGUACCUGAACUCCGCCUUCAACCCGAUCGUUUAUGCCUUUUUCUAUCCCUGGUUCAGAAGAGCGUUGAAGAUGGUUCUCUUCGGUAAAAUUUUCCAAAAAGAUUCAUCUAGGUCUAAGUUAUUUUUGUAACGCAAUCCAUGAAACCAGUAUAUUUUGCAGUUCUUAAGAGCAG